AUUUUGGCUUGUCAGCCACCCGUUUUUAUAUUCCUCGUCUCACUCUUAUGGCAGCCGCUGUGGAAGACCGUGCCGAAACACUACCGUAUUCCACGGCUAGAAGCGCUGAAGACGGCGUGGACGGCAACGUUCCAGCUAAGCAAGCGCAUGUCAGACUUCCUAAAGAAAAGAAGAUUGGUCAUCGCCGAGUUGAUCAUGAAGGCAAGACAUCAUACAAGAAGACGCCAUCAAGUCAACUGAUGGCUGCCAUUCAGCUAGGAAUUAGUCAUGCUUUAGGAAAAAUUACUCCUCAGCCAAAACGAGAUUUGCUCUUUCAAGAUUUCAGUGUGGUUGAAACAGUUGACUUUCCGAGUCAAGGAUCGACAUAUUCACCUGCUCACAAUUACGCUGACUUCAAGUUUAGGACGUACGCAGCAGUUGCAUUUAAGCACUUCAGAGAAGCGUUUGAAAUCAAACCUGCAGAUUUCUUGGUUUCUCUCUGCAACGAACCUCUCAGGGAACUAUCGAAUCCAGGAGCUAGCGGGUCGCUAUUCUAUCUCAGUCACGACGACCAGUUCAUCAUUAAGACGGUACAACACAAAGAAGCCGAUUUCCUUCAGAAAUUACUUCCCGGAUAUUACAUGAAUCUUGUUCAAAACAAGAGAACCCUUCUACCGAAGUUCUUUGGUCUGUAUUGCUACCAGAGUGGAGGCAUCAACAUUCGUUUUGUUGUAAUGAAUAAUCUGCUGCCGUCUGGUGUCGUGUAUCAUGAGAAAUUUGACUUGAAGGGAUCAACACAUAAACGAGCUGCGUCGAAGUCUGAAAGAGCGAAGGCUUUUCCGACAUUUAAGGAUCUUGACUUCAGGAACAUGAAUCCUACAGGUUAUGAGCUACAUCCUGAUAAAUAUAGAGCAGUUAUGGAGACGUUGCAGAGAGAUUGUAUGGUUUUACAGAGUUUCAAGAUUAUGGAUUACAGUAUGUUAGUGGCUGUGCAUAACGUGGACCAAGCAGUGAAAGAUCGACUUCUAGGAUCAAAAGAAAGGAGUGGCAGCACUCAGCUGGUGUUUGUUGUCGAUCAACGUGAAGGAACUCCCGUGCAGUCUCCUCUCUCUCUUACCGAGAGUCCCAUCCUCAAACGCGAACGACGGAAAACUCCCGUCCGUCACACCUACUCCAUCGUGUCAGACGAUUCAUUCGAUCCAACGGAGUUCCAGUCCAUGGGAGUAGUCGAUGAGUCUUUUCUUCCAAGUAAUGCCAUCCCGGCUAAGUUAACGUCCGGCGAUCGUAUCAUCGUUUAUAUGGGAAUCAUUGACGUUCUACAGAGCUACAGGCUGAAGAAAAAAUUGGAGCACUCGUUCAAGGCUCUUGUACAUGACGGGGACACAGUGUCUGUUCAUCGCCCGAGCUUUUAUGCACGUCGCUUUCAAGACUUUAUGUUCAACCAUCUGUUUCAUGUAAAAGCUGUUGCUCCUCCUAAGCGUAAAAUGUCUCAGUAUAAUCGAUCGAAACGACUGAUGUCACAUUCAGAGGGAACUACUGUUCUUACGCCUACUGAAGAAGCAAAUCGACCAAACAUGAUGAGCACAUCUGUAACUAAUCAGACAACACAACCUGAACAGUCUGAAGUAUCAGCUACUGAAGUUAUACAGAGAGUUGAUGACAGUAGCACCAGUCAGUCUCAUGUGGAAGAGAAAACAAAUACGGAAGAGUUGCAGGAAGAUGUUACAACAGUUAUCGAUGAUGUGAGGUUAGAGACGAAUGAGGAGAAAAGAAGAGGAGACGUUCCAGAGGAUGAAGACGUGAUGAUAAGACAGGCUGUUGAGGAUGAUACAAUAGACUUGGAAGAUGUUGCACCGACACUGAAUGAAUACGCUAUUGAAGAAAACAGUGCGGCUGCUGGGGUCGUAAUUGAUGUGAAUAUCAGCUCUCUAAGUAGCACAGAAAUCGAUGGACGAGAUUCACCGUUUGAACAUCAAAUACAGCACACACAGCACACACAGCACACGAAGAGAUUCGAAGUUGCAUACGUUUGAGGCUUCUCAGUUUUGUCGACCUUCUUGCCGUUCAUUGAUCAACACCAGUCGUUGUGUGGUGACCGAGUAAAUAUAUUGCAUGCAGUAUUGCCGUCUAAAUUAUUUUGUACGAAUGCUGGUAGAGCUGCUCUGUAUCUUUUUUUCCUGUUCUACUGAGUUGAUGCUCUUUUUUGUAUAGUUUACUGAUGACUGUGAGUAAAGCAGAUGAUACAAUGAUA